CACCCGGUGCGCAUUUUCGCUGACGGAACUGAAUGUGACAGAUUGUAAACAGAUGCGGGAUGUCGGGCCCUGGGGAAGGACGUCCUGGUGCCACAUUGCAUUUAUCACUCUAAAUUACUGCCUUACAGACUGCAGUGAUUUAAUUGAGGCACUUGUCUGAAUGUGGCAACACUUGUUCUAGACAGCACUGUUUGUACUCACCUUACCCAGUGCUGAUACUGAUAGCUGGCAUAGCGGUCAGUUCUCAUUAGGUUCUUGAUUAACAACAUUGGCUCAUAAAAUGACAGUCCUGGAAGGGGUUCAGGACUUUGUGGACCAUCUGUUUUGCUACACUUUCUUUUGGGUUCGGACAGCAGAUGUGGUGCCCUCAGGCCUUUCGAUCCUGCUGUGUCUACCCUCACACACGUAAGGAAUCGGUCCGUCCGCUCCAUCCCUCUGCUUCCUCUGUGCCGCCAAAACUGUCAAGGUGAUGGAGGGUCUGGAGGUCGAGGACAUAAGCCCCGCCCUCGAGGCCACUGAGGACUUCUUGCACUGCCUCGAUGACAAUCAAGGAGAUGGCCAGGUACGUCCGCCCAAGCAUAAAGAGGCCUCCACCUUGGACAGGUUAAACUCCAGUGGGGUGUGGGGGCUACUGACAGGAAAGCAAUCCGAGAUAUCACCCAGCAAUAUGGCGUGGGCGGAGCAGACGUCUUUCACUGUGCUUGGCCUACGACAUGGAAAAAGGAACCGGGCAAGAUCUACCAACGAUUUGGCGGCUCAUGCCAAAGAAACAAACUCUACCACCAAUACAUGCAGUGGUGGAUUCAAACGUGGCCACAACCGAUCCCGUUCAGACGUCAACAACCGCACUUACACCGAUAAUGGCAUACCUGCCAUUGACAAAAAUACACUCAAGAACAUGGCACUGAAUGACCACAGAGAUGCUCAUAAGGAAAGCAGCCCUAGCCUGGUGAAGCAGGGAACUCUGGAGCAGAGAGAGGGUCCGUGGGGACGCUGGACCUCCUGUCACGUGGAGCUUACACCCUGUGAGCUGCGUCUCUACAGCCUGGACAGCAGCGGCAACCAGCAGCUAUGUGCUGCCCUCUCGCUGUCCCACUGCCAAGGAGUGAGCACGCCCCAGCCGCAGGAUGGACGUGUACUGCAGGCUGUCUUCUUCAACAGCACUCGCGUGCAGUUACGCGCACCCUGCCAGUGGGAGGCACUGGAGUGGCGUAGACUCCUCUGGGAACGUGCCUUGGCUGCCCGUCCAGCCAAUCGCAAAGGGGAGCUGGCCCGUGCCAACUCCCCUACCCCUCACGAACCCCAUCCAGAUGCGGUGACGGUGCCAGUCCCUCGACCCCUGGUACGUCCCACGGCCCUACCACUGUUCACCCAACACUGUGCUGAUGUUCUUAAGGCUGGCCUUCUGCACCAACUCACCGACCUCAACACCUGGAGGGCCUUCACGUUUGUACUGAGCCGCACCGAGAUGCAGGCCUUUCCGACCGAGGGAAGAGGCCCAGUGUCAGAGCCAGUGUUCAGGUACCCGCUGGCCUCCUGUCUGGCUGUGCAGCGGGAUGAUGAAGACGGAGACACCAGCUCCCGCUUCCAGGUGGUCUUCCCUGAUGAUGUGCUGUGCUUGCGGGCCGAGAGCGAGUCCAAGGCCCAGGACUGGGUGGAGGCAUUGCGCACGGCAGUGACGGCUCAGCGACCACAGUGGGAGAAUAACCAAGUGGUGAUAAGGAGUAAGCUAGUCAGGGAGCAACGAAACAAGGAGGCCCAGAGAGCUAAACGGCAGUCCGUCACUACUAGCUUUCUCAGCAUCCUUACCUGUCUAGCUGUGGAAAAGGGUCUCACGGCUCAGAGCUUCCGAUGUGCAGGAUGUCAGAGGCCAGUGGGUCUGUCACGGUGCGAGGCCAAAGUUUGCUCUUACAGCGGCUGGUACUACUGCCCAGGUUGUCACCAGGACAACCUCUUCCUCAUACCUGCUCGUCUGCUGCACAACUGGGACACUAACAAACACAAGGUGUCAAAACAAGCAAAAGAGUUUCUGGAGUUUGUUUAUGAGGAGCCCCUGUUAGAUGUCCAGCAGUUGAACCCGUGUCUGUAUGUGCAUUGCGAGGCGUUGGCGGCCGUUCUCAAACUGAGACAGCAGCUCCAGUCUCUCAGGGCUUACCUCUUCAGCUGUCGGGCCACAGUGGCAGAAGACCUCCGCCGCAGGAUCUUUCCGAGAGAAUACCUGUUACAGCAUGUGCACCUCUACUCAUUGGCAGAUCUGCAUACAUGCUCAAUAGGACACAAGCCUGUGGUCAUAGGAGCAGAAGGUGUCUCCACACCCCACCGUAAAUCCAUAAAUUCCUCAAACCACCACCACACCUCUCUGAUGAGCAAGUGCGAGGGCUGCGGUGCCAUCUUUCAUGCCGAGUGCCGGAUGCGAGCCCAGCCUUGCCCGCGAUGUGUGUGCAGGGAACUGCACAAGAAGCCUGCGUCAUUCUGGAAGAGGCACGGCCCUCACGACAGCCCUGAUGACGAAGUGCUGGACUGCUUUGAGCUGAACACCUGA